AAGUAGAAGAAUAUCCUCGGAGCUUCGCGCAAUGGAAAAUCUCCAAAAAUGGCGGUUCACAUGGGAAGCCCAAUCUCACAUCCCUACUCUCAGGCUCUUCCUCUUCGAUUCUCGCACCAAUCCCUCCCUUCAAUGCCGGAAUCUCCAAGUCCAUGUCAAUCUCUCGCAGUCACUGGUUCUCGUCUCCUGGUCCGACGACGUCGCCAAAACCUCGCUUAGGGUUCCGAUUCCUAGAGUUUUGGUCGACUCUGAAUCUCCGGUCAAUUUCAGAGCUUUUGACGAUCACAUUGAGGUCAAGCUCAUCCUUCUUCUCCCCGUUGGUCAUUCUCUCGUUUCCAACUUGGAUUCGAUUUUCAAUUCGUCUGGUGACGCAGAAACUGCAGUCUCGAAUUCGUCGAAGUCGCUUUCUGUAGAUUCUGAUAUAAAGAGUCUUAUAUCUUGUGGAGCAGUUAGUUUUUACUGCAAAAACUGCAAAUUUAACUUGACAAGAAGUCCUCUCAGAAAUUUUGCGGAAAUGCCGUCAGUCAACUGGCGAGAAGUGGCUGACAACUGGUUUGGAGCUUGCUGCUGUUCAUUUGGCGGCAUAAGUGAGAAGUUGGUCACUCGUUUUGCAAAUUCCUAUACAUGUUCAAAGGGUGUGUGCCUCUUGAGCUUUGCAACUAUUACUGUUUGUAAGGAUGAUCUCGUUGAAUGCAAUUUCUCCGAUUUGAGCAAAGGCCAAAGUCACAAAACUGGACCAGAUUUGAGUUGUGAGCCUGAGUUUGGUGAAUCUACACUGAACUCAAAUCCUUGUAAUGAGAAAUCGAGUUUCGGAAAACUUGAGGAUGAGGAAGUUGGUGCAGAUGUUGUGUGCGUAGUUCCUGAAGAAGAAAGUAACAUUGACAGAUUAUAUAAUUUGCGAUUACAAUCGGAUUCGUCUGGGAAGGACGAUUUAGCAAAGGGGUGUUGCGCACAUCAUGUGUCUGAAACUCAUACAGAGAACCAAAAGCUUGGUCAAAGUAUGGAGAUAUUGGAAAAUCAAAAAACCUUUCUUAAUGGGUUUCUUGGAAACAUUUUUAUGGUUAAAUCCUCUAAUCUUUCAGCGGAUGUUGAGUGGGUUGAAUAUUUAUGUCCCCACUGUUCAACUCUUCUUGGAGCAUAUCCUUGCGGUAAUGGUUUUGCACCUGUAGAUGGUGGAGUCAGACUCUUUAAAUGCUAUAUUUCCACUAGCUUGCCUGUUGGUGGAUCAGAAGAUUUAUUUAGGAAGUACACUUUGGAAAGAAUGUUUUCAAAUCAGCUACUCGAUUUUGCAAAAGAUGAAUUAUCAUAUCGAACUGUGGUUAGAGAUCUUAUAACCAAAGUUCCUGUGUUGCAAAUUGUUAUUGUAAACACAAACUCGUGGUCCUGUACUAAUUAUUGUUUGAGCACACGGAGCAGUGGAGAAGCGGCUCCAAAGCUAGAUCUACAUCCUGUUAUCAAGGUGCUAUUUACAGAAAGCAGCAGUGAGAAAGAAUCUGAAAUAAGGAAAAUGGAAGAUCAGAUAAAAAAAGAUUUAGCUGAUGAAGUUUUCAUGUUGAGACCUCAGAUAGAAGAUGUGGUUGAAUUGCUGUUGUCAGCAAAGAACAUACUGCCACCUUCGUGCUCUUCGUUACAGGGUUUAUCAUUAUCAUCCAUGCACAUGUGACGAUUAUAUAUCGAAAACAGCUAGCCAAUAUAUAUUAAAAGUCGCCUAAACUUCCGUGGAUCACAAUUCUCUGGAAAAUGAGCAGAUACCUUGUAUACUCCUAUUAUAGCAACAGAUCGGAUUGGUAGACCUAUUAAGAAGUGAUGAAGCUGAAAAUUGGAGGCAAGGAAUCUUGAGCGUGAUUCUGGUGCGGAAGAGGCUAGCAAAAUAUUGAGAAGCUUUGGAGCCGUAGAGGAACUUCGCAAGUAAGCAUUCAGUUGGUUAAGAAAUUUGGGAUUAGCUUUAAUUACAAUCAGAUAUGACCUUUUAGCGGAAGAGUAGUAAGUUUUGUUUUUGAAAGAAAUAGAACUUAGACGAGCUUUUUCAUAAGGAAGUUGGAAGUAGUCAGAGCUUAGACAUAUUCAUAUGUGACCUGUGUUACACAUCUUGGAUUUGUUUCGAGAUUUUGUUUCAUCUUGAAUAGCCUGGAUUAGCUAUAUAAUCUUACCCCAAAACUUUCUCCUCUCCUCUUUUGUACAAGUCGGUGCCUACUUUGACUACCUUUUCACAAGAUAUUAGAUCAUUUUGAUUUUCUUCAAUUUUUUUUUAUUU